GAAUUUCCAUGUCGUUUUUAUCACACGGGGAAACAAUGUUACGCUGGAGAUGACUGUAAAUUCUCACAUGAACCAAUGACUCAAGAAAUGGAGGAACUAUUUGACAAGGUAGGUUUAUAUUUUCUGAUGAUAUUGAAAUAUUUCUCAAGAAUUUGUAUGUAG